UUGAAAACACUGUCGCUGUAAACCACAGGGUGACCUAUCAUGUGGACCCAUUCGAAACAUCAAAACUUUUAAUAAUUCAAAAUACAAAUGAAAACAAAGAAGUACAUAAACAAAAAUCAUAAAUCGGAUAUGGAAAUCUAUUCUAUUAUCUUGGCCUGAUUUUGUGAAUAUACAGUCGAAGCGAGUCGGAGCCUGAAACUCAUGGGUACACUGUGGUCGUCAAAUCGGAGUCGUCUCGGUUCAGUAAAGUAUUUGUUAUGUCCGAGGCAAAGGACAAAAUCAAUCUUUCUUGAUGUGUUUCGGAGGGCAGAUAAAAAUGGUAAGCGGCUAUAUACUUUCAACCCCUACACACACACACACAAAUAUUUGUCAAUUAAAAAAUAACAAGAAAUUUAAAGAAAUCCAUGGAAGAACACUGAAUCUGCUCACCCCCCCCCCCUUUCUUAAAACCCUUGUUUUGGCCCCCCUUGUUUGAACUCCUGGGUCCGCCCCUAGCAAUCUUUGAAUUCAGCGGCUUUUGAAAAAGGUUUCCAAUCUUUGUAUUAUAGAAGCAGCUAUAUUCUCGACAGAGGUUUUGUUGCGUUCUGUUUUUAUUAGCUUGUAUGAAAGUCUUGUCGCGUAAAAUUCCGUCCGUGCCAUCACGUAUUAGAGCUUCUGCUUCCCUUCCCGGAAAUCAAUAACUUCUCAAUGUGUGCCAAUCAAUUUGAAUUUUAAGUAAUUAAUUAUUCAUAGUCUGAACUUAGUUCGUUUCACUUUUACGAACUUCCGCGUUUGUUUAUUUUGACUUCUAGAAGAACGUCGUUCCUAAGCAAAAUGCGAACAUCAGGGUACCUGCUUGUCACUAUUUUACCUCUCUUAGGCACAAUGCUCCUAACAGUCUUUGUCAUCGUUUGCCUCGCUAAAUACAGGAAGUGGCAGUAUAUCGAAAAGCUGAUGCUGUUAGCUUUCCCAGGGAUUCUAAAGAUUGAAAAGAAAGCGACGGGGAACAUAUACAUCUUUGACAACAUAGAGUUGACAGAAGUAAAUAUGCGACUUGCACAUCUCAAGUGCACGGCAAACCAACUUGUCAACAAGUUGUUGAAAUCCUUCUUCCGAGUGCUGAUGAUGAUAUGGCUUACAACCGCGGCCGUCUUUUGGCAGACCUUGCUUAUUGACUUGUCAUACGCAUGCAACGAAAACGACCCCACCAAGGACUGCUUCGAGUUCAAGACCAUCAAGGAUGGUGCUGGGAGUUACAUGGAUCAGUUCAGCGCUCCUCCAGUUGACUGCGACAACCCUAACUCAAACAUCAGUGGGCCCGUGGUUUGUUACCGACUUGUUUUCAAUCUCGGUCUUGCGUCUGGAGUCAGCUAUGGAUUGUUCAAAAUCAUAACUGUAGUGGUAAACAUCAUAUCCCUUGGUAUGCUUCUGGCAAAGAAGGGUAGUCAGGUAGGCAAAGUGCAGGCAGCGAUCCUUUUGUCGAUACUCAUCAUAGAAAUCAUUGCCAUUGCUGUUUUGUAUAGUGUUGAUGUUCCCCUGCUUAAACUGCAGUCUCAACAGAUGGCUCAGUUUCUUCAAAUCGUAUUCACGAUUUUGAUCGCAGGGUGUGUUGUGUUCUUCUUUCCGUGGAAGGAAAUGGUCGAGUUGAAGCGUGUGACACAAGGUGAUGAUCAACCUGCUGCAGCUGUUAAUGAUGGUGCUGAUGUAAAUCAGACGAACGGACCAAACGAACCUUAAGUUAACGGGUCUAGCAGACAUAGACGAACAAACCAGAUGGACAUCCUAGCAGACAAACGAACCAGCAGGCACGAACGAUCCAGAUGUACAGUAGCAGACAGACGAGCGAACCAGAUGGACACUCUAUCAGACAGACAAAAAAAAUAGACAGUCUUGCAGACAGACGAACGAACCAGUUGGACAGUUUACAGACAGACAAACGAACCAGAUAGAUAGUCUGUUGACAGACGAACCUUUAAAUGUAAAUCUAGCAGACAGGCGAACAAAUCAAAUAGACACAGUCUAGAAGAAAGACGAGCGAACCAGGGUACAUGCUAUUAGACAGACGAACGAACUAGAUGGACAGUUUAAAGCAGACAGACGAACGAACCAGGUGGACAGAUUAGCAGACAGACGAACGAACCAGAUGGGCAGUGUUUAGCAGACAGACGAACAAACCGGAUGGACAGUCGGGUUGACAGACAAACCUUUAAAUUAACAUCUAGGAGACAGACGAACGAACCAAAUAGACACAGUCUAGAAGAAAGACGAGCGAACCAGGGUACAUGCUAUUAGACAGACGAACGAACUAGAUGGACAGUUUAAAGCAGACAGACGAACGAACCAGGUGGACAGAUUAGCAGACAGACGAACGAACCAGAUGGACAGUCGGGUUGACAGACAACCCUUAAAUGUACGUCUAGCAGACAGACGAACAAGACAGUCUAGCAGACAGACGAACAAACCAAAUAGACAGUCUAGCAGACAGAAAAACGAAUAAGAUGGACAGCUAACAGACAGAAAGCUUCAGGACAGUCUAGCAGACAGACAAAUAGACCCAUAGACGGACAGUCUAGUUACAGACAGGCGUAAGGUGUGUGCAUUCUUAUCAAAUUGCUUGCUCUACAUUAACGACAUUUAUCGUGUCGGUGUGUUGUAAAGACGAUGAGGGUGAAAGUGUUUUAGAGCUGUAGCAGGCCUCGAAAUAUUAGGGGGGAGGCACGGUAAAGAAACAUUAACAAAAUAUUAGGAGACACAGUCACGCCCUGGUCAUUUCCUAUAUAUUAAUAACGGGGUCACGUGCCCCGAGUGCCCCACCCCAUGCUACGGCCCUGUGAUGACGGUGAUAAUUAGCAUAUUGGGUAGUAAUGAUAAUGGUGAUAUGUUUAAAUGAUGGAGUUCGGGUGUUGUUGACGUUGGUGGUGGUUGUAUGACUAUGACUGCUGCUUCUAAAUGAAGAUAAAAGCAUUUGGCAAACGC